GGCCCCUGGUUUGGGCAUUUCUCCGAACGCCUCUUCUCCCAUGGACUAUGGCGGCGGCCACGCGGCCGAGAAAGGGGCGGCGCCGCCGCAGCCCCCGCCGGCGCCGCCGCCGCUCCGCCGCAUAAACACCGCCCAUCACCAACCCCAACACCGCCGCGCUUCCGCCUCCACCUCUGCCUCCUCCUCCUCCUCCUCCUCCUCCUCCCGCAUCUCUUCCCACAAUCUAAACCCUAACCCUAGCACAAGCUCUGACUCUGCCUCCCCUACGAGGCACGACGCACAUGGCGCCGCGCCGCGCGCCUCGCACGCCGUAGGAUCGUCGUAUUGUUAUGGCGGCGGAGGAGGAGAAGCGCACUCCCUGAACCAUCGACCCAGAUUGCAGUUGGAUGGAAAUGGAGUAUCCGGGGCAUGUCGAAAAGACGAGAUUUAUAUUGAGAAAUUGGAAAGAGAACUUCGAAACUGCUCUCAGGAAAUAGAAUAUUUGCAGGAUCAGUUAAAUCUGCGGAAUGUUGAGGCAAAUUUCAUCGGAGAGCAUGUACACAGCCUUGAACUGAAGCUCAUGGAACUUGAAAAGUUAAAUGAUGAGGCCAAUUCUCGAUGCUUGGUUUUGAUGGAGGAAUUGAAUCGUAAAGCAGCGGAGUUGCAAAAUUCAGCUUUGGAAAUACAGAAGCUCGAAACAAUAGUUUUGGAUUCCCAGUGUGAAGUUGAGAGCUUAAAACUAGACAUAACUGCUCAAGAGGAGAAGUGCUUUGAAGCAGACAGCUUUUCAGGCCAGCAACUUGCUCAAGAGGAAGCCAGAUUGGCUUUGCAACUGAGACAAGCCGAGUUACAGCUUUCUGAAGCGCAGCAGGUGAUUAACAGUCUGGAGGGUGAGAAUAAGCAGUUAAAAGAAUUAUUAUUGGAGAGAGAUGCUAAAACCAAAAGGUCCUUCUCUACAGUUGAGGAGAAAUUUGAUAAUUUGCUGAAGCAAUACAAGGAAACAAGCGCCAGCAUUGGCAGCAAAGUAGACGAGGCUUUUCUUCUUGAGAUAAAGAGAGGAAGCGAGGCUUUUCUUCUUGCGUUAAACAAAGAGCUUAGUUUGCCGCAUGAAAUGGGCAAUUUUGAGGACUUUUUGGGCCAAUUCCUUUCCAAACUUGCUGUUGUAACAGCAUGUGAUCAGCACAUAAAGUACGAGAUUGAGAAAAUGGCGAAUCAGAUUCAGGAAUCUGAAGGUCUAAUUAAGCAGCUCAAGGAAGAGCUUCGAGAAGAAAAACUAAAGGCAAAGGAAGAAGCAGAAGACCUCACUCAAGAAAUGGCUGAACUGAGGUACCAAAUCACAGGCAUGCUCGAAGAAGAAUACAAACGCCGGGCUUUUAUUGAACAGGCAUCUAUUAAGCGGAUUCAGGAACUAGAAGCACAGGUAAUCAAAGAACAAAAAAAAUCUAUUGCAGCUCUACGGCGUUACCAGGAAGCACAGCAGCUAGCUACAACUCGAUCGUUAGAGAUCAAGAAACUAAGGAAUGCAUUAAAGAGGUUUCACUCAGCAACAAACUCGGGGACAGAUGAGAGACUUGAAUCUUGUCCAUGUGGUUCCUGUGAUGAAUCACUAUGUUCAAUGGAUAACUUGGUUGGAUCGUCUACAGAUUCGGAAGCCUUGGAGAAGCCUUUAGUCCAAGAUCUUAUUCAGUGGUAUCCUGAUGACAAUGCUUCGAUUAUCUGAGCGGUCAUAGACAAGAAUGAUUAAUGAAGAUAAGGCUUGCGAGCAUGGACCUUUUUCUUGGUGUCGAAGCCUUCUUUGUGGUUGAUGAUGUAUCUUGAUUUGUGAAACUGCAUCAGUGGAACAUUAAGCACAGGGAUCGGUAGUACAAUAUUGUUAGUUUGUUCCUUUUUUUGCUUCAAAAUGUACAUAUGAUUAUUUCCAGCUUACUUUUUUAUGUAUAAAUGGGUUUAUUGACAGAAUAAACUCCAAACUCAAGUGUAUUCAUCUUUUUCUUUUUCAUUAUUUAUUUUCUACACCUGUUGUUCCUUGGAC